UGUGUUUUGUUUUCAAGCCCAGUUUUGAGGACUCACUCCACAAGUCUGUUUGCCGCUGUCAGAGUACUCGUACGUGCGUUCACGAUGGAAGGGGGUCACAGCUGAGGCGGCUGCAUCUACACGUUUCGGACACAUUAGGAAAUAUCUUCAAAGUCAACUUGGAUUUUUUUGUCCUCCAGCUUCUAGGUACUCUUCUGAGACGCUUACAUAUAUUUGGACCGCGGGGAAGGAGACCACUGUUGCUUUGAAGAUGGGGAGCCGUGGUCAUUAUGGGUACCACUGGCAGAGCCACAAUGUCAAGAUCAGCGGGGUGGACGACAUGGUGCUGCUCACCAAGAUCAACGAGGACGCCAUUGUGGAAAACCUGAAGAAGAGAUACAUGGAUGACUACAUCUUUACAUACAUUGGUCCUGUGCUGAUCUCCGUCAACCCCUUUAAGCAGAUGCCGUAUUUCGGGGAAAAAGAAGUUGAGAUGUAUCAAGGCGCAGCCCAGUAUGAGAACCCACCUCACAUCUAUGCACUGGCAGACAACAUGUACAGAAACAUGAUGAUUGACCGAGAAAACCAAUGUGUCAUUAUUAGUGGUGAGAGUGGAGCCGGUAAGACUGUGGCGGCCAAAUACAUUAUGGGCUACAUCUCCAGAGUGUCAGGAGGCGGACCUCGGGUGCAGCACGUCAAAGACAUCAUCCUGCAAUCCAACCCACUGUUGGAGGCUUUUGGCAACGCCAAGACUGUGAGGAACAACAACUCAAGUAGAUUUGGAAAAUACUUCGAAAUCCAGUUCAGCAGUGGCGGCGAACCAGACGGCGGGAAAAUCUCCAACUUCCUUCUGGAGAAGUCACGUGUCGUCAUGCGGAAUCCUGGCGAGAGGAGUUUCCAUAUAUUCUAUCAGUUAAUUGAGGGCGCCGGUGGCGAGCAGAAAAAUAGCCUGGGAAUCACAACUUUGGAUUAUUACACUUACCUCAACCAGUCUGGGUCCUACAAAGUGGAAGACAUUGACGACAAAAAUGACUUCCAGGAGACCAUGCAUGCCAUGAAAGUGAUUGGCAUUUCAGACGUGGACCGUGCCAUGGUGCUUCAGAUUGUGGCUGGAGUCCUACACGUUGGCAACAUCAGCUUCAAGGAAGCUGGCAACUACGCUGCUGUGGAGAGUGAAGAGUUUCUAGCCUUCCCUGCCUUUUUACUGGGAAUUGACCAGAACCGUCUGAAGGAGAAAGUGACCAGCCGAAAGAUGGACAGCAAAUGGGGGAGUACCCAUGAGUCGAUUGACGUGACUUUAAACGUGGAGCAGGCGUGUUACACAAGAGACGCCCUCACUAAAGCACUGCACUCACGUGUUUUUGACUACCUGGUGGAGUCUAUCAACAAAGCCAUAGUGAAGCAAGAACAGGAGUUGAAUAUUGGCGUCUUGGACAUUUACGGUUUUGAGAUAUUCCAAAAAAACGGCUUUGAGCAGUUCUGCAUCAACUUUGUGAAUGAAAAACUGCAGCAAAUAUUCAUUGAGCUUACACUAAAAGCAGAGCAGGAGGAAUAUGUUCAGGAGGGCAUCAAGUGGAGUCCCAUUGAGUACUUCAAUAACAAGAUUGUCUGCGAUCUAAUUGAGAGCAAAAAUCCUCCUGGCAUCAUGUGCAUCCUGGACGACGUGUGCGCCACCAUGCAUGCAGUGGGCGAGGGGGCUGACCAGACCCUGCUUCAGAAGCUGCGGGGUCAGAUCAAAACUCAUGAGCACUUCAACAGCUGGAACCAAGGCUUCAUCAUCCACCACUACGCUGGCAAGGUGUCCUACGACGCAGACGGAUUCUGUGAAAGGAACCGAGACGUCCUUUUCACUGACCUCAUUGAGUUAAUGCAGGGCAGUCAAAUAGCCUUCAUCAGAGCGCUGUUCACUGAAAACCUCAAUGCAGAAAAGAAGGGUCGGCCCACCACUGCAGGCUGUAAAAUAAAGAAACAAGCCAAUGACCUGGUGAGCACGUUGAUGAAAUGUACGCCACAUUAUAUCCGUUGUAUCAAACCUAAUGAAACCAAGAAGCCCAGAGACUGGGAAGAAAGCCGUAUAAAGCACCAGGUGGAGUACCUGGGUCUGAAGGAGAACAUCAGGGUGAGGCGUGCUGGCUACGCCUACCGUCGCUUCUUCAGGAAGUUCCUCAACAGAUACGCCAUCCUGACUAAAGAGUCCUGGCCAACAUGGCAAGGAGAUGAGAAACAAGGCGUCCUCCACCUCAUGCACUCCGUCAACAUGGACCAGGAGCAGUUCCAGCUGGGUCGUACCAAGGUGUUCGUGAAAGCCCCCGAGUCGCUCUUUCUGCUUGAGGAGACCAGGGAGCGCAAGUUUGACGGCUAUGCCAGGACCAUCCAGAAAGCCUGGAGGAAAUACACGGCCCGCAAGAGAUAUGUGAAGAUGCGAGAGGAAGCUUCUGACCUUUUGCUGAAUCACAAGGAGAGGCGGCGACACAGCUUAAACAGAAACUUUGUAGGAGACUACCUGGGCAUGGAUGACAGGCCUGAGCUGAGACAGUUUCUGGCCAAGAGAGAGAAGAUUGACUUUGCAGACAAAGUCACUAAAUAUGACCGUCGCUUUAAGUCAGUCAAGAGGGACUUGAUCCUGACUCCAAGGUCGGUGUACCUGAUAGGAAGAGAGAAGAUCAAACAGGGACCAGAGAAAGGUCAGGUGACUGAGGUGCUGAAGCGGCAGAUUGGCGUGGAGAGUAUCUUGGGAGUGUCUCUCAGUACGAUGCAGGAUGACUUCAUGAUCCUAAACGUGCAGGAUUAUGACAGCCUGCUGGAGUGUGUCUUCAAGACAGAGUUUAUUAGCUUACUGGCCCGCAGGUUUGAGGAGAAAACGCAGAGGAAGCUACCCCUCCAGUUUAGUAACACACUGUCUGUAAAGCUGAAGGAGGAGAAGUGGGGCAUCCUGAGUGGUGGAGCGGGUUCUCGACAGGUCACCUUUGUCCAGGGUCAGGGAGAAUUGGCUGUGCUCAAGCCUUCCAACAAGAAUCUGCAGGUCAGCAUCGGAUCAGGACUUCCUAGGAACACGCGUCCUUCUAGAGCCAAUAUCACAGACAGUUACCACGCCGGGCGCCAAAACAAGCCGGCACGGGCCGCACCUGGACCUCCAGUCUCUCACCAAAAUGGCGGCCUGAAAAACACCAAUCACAUGGCCAAUCAGAAGAACUCUUUGUAUCGGCAGCAGGGCGACGCUGUGCGCCCUCACCUUCCCAACAACCUCAGCCAGCAAAGGGGUGUUAGUAACAGAGCACAGGCCAGCCUGGACUUUCUCGGGGUUCCGGAACAAGGAGCCGCAGGUAAUGGAGUCAGUGGACCAGCUUCAAAUGGAAGAAUAGCUCACAGACCGUCAGCCAGCAGACCUCCACCAGGGGGCGGCAGACCCAAGCCUACACCCAAACCUAAACCUCAGGUGCCUCAGUGCAAAGCUUUGUACGCCUACGACGCCCAGGACACGGACGAGCUCAGCUUCAAUGCCAAUGACAUCAUCGAUAUGAUCAAAGAAGAUGCGUCAGGGUGGUGGACAGGACGUCUGCGGGGAAAGCAGGGACUUUUCCCCAACAACUAUGUGACCAAGAUCUAGCAGGAGGGAGGCUUUCUUGACGAAUGCUCCACUACUGCCUGCAAAGUCCAUGAAUGUAAACUCUUCUUCUUCUUCUUCCUCUCUCGGCCUCCUCGUCCUCUCUCUAUUUGGAGUCCUGAACAAAACACUAUUUAUUGUAUUUAUACAUAUCAUUGCUUUCUGUGCUGAGAAUAAUCUGGGAACAGGCUGUGAUUUUUUUUUAAUGAUUUCCCUCGUGUCUUUUUUUAUGAUGAUUCCAAAAGCAAACGUGGCUGUAAUAUUUAUUGUUUCACUGCAAAGUUCAGUAGGUGUAAGUGUUUUUAUGGCGUUUUUCGACACCAAAGAUGCAAACUUUAGUGUAUUGAGUUUGUGGAGUAGAGGCGGUGUGUACUGUAACCUGAGCACACUGUCUGUGGUGUGUUAGCACUUUAUCAGUACAGGUACUACCUUGGACACAAACACACAAUAUGAAGGACCAUUAUUUGUUUACACCAGAAAAACUCAACAAAAACACACUCUUGAUAUGUAUUUUCCUGAACACACACACACACACACACUUUCUAUGACUGUUUGUGGUUCUCUCUCACUUUUCUUGUCAAGCACACAUUAGGUGAUGUCAUCAAACUUCCGUGGCUUCUUUUUUUGUUUUGUUUUGCACUGCCGUUUAGUUUAUUUUUCUCCACAUUCCUAUUCAUGUUUGAUAAAAUAACCACACUUGUGUUUAUAUACUGCUGGGACUUGCUGGUAACAAUUUAGUUUUCUCCGCCAUUAUUGUCAGUGUGGAUCUCAGACGCUUCAUCAACAUCAUCCUUGUGCAAUACAAACACUAGAGGAGACUUUUUUUUUUUUUUAAUAAAGCAUGUAUUGUUGAAUGGC